UGACCCAUCACUGUUGGCUUGUCAACGUCAGAACGAUAUUGGCCAUGCAUAUGGCAUGUACAUGUUUUGUGAAAUGGCAUAUUUUUGUUUUCUAUUCUAACCUCUAAUUCUAUAUCGUUUAUUUACAUAUAACAUAUAAGCUUAAUAAACCCCUACAUACCAAUCAAAAUUAUUCUAUUUUCAUUAUGAGUGAACCAUCAGCUAAAAAAAUCAAAACUGAGGAAGGUUCUUCCAACAUAAAUGGUACCGACAAAAAGGAUAUCAAGCCUCAGAACCAAGCCAAAAUACAUCGUCUAUGUCCUUACCUAGAUACUAUCAAUCGGCAGUACUUGGAUUUUGACUUUGAAAAGUUGUGCUCAGUAUCUUUGACAAGAAUAAAUGUAUAUGCUUGCUUGGUAUGUGGCAAAUACUUCCAAGGCAGAGGAACCAACACACAUGCUUAUACUCACUCUGUGGCUGAAGGACAUCAUGUGUUCCUUAACUUGCAUACAUUGAAAUUUUAUUGCUUGCCCGAUAAUUAUGAAAUUAUAGAUUCCUCACUUGAUGAUAUUAAGUAUGUUUUAAAUCCUACAUUUACACCAGAGCAUAUAAAACAUUUAGAUUCAAGUACAAAAUUAUCCAGGGCAAUUGAUGGCUCAUUAUAUACACCUGGUAUUGUUGGAUUAAAUAAUAUAAAAGCAAAUGAUUAUUGUAAUGUUGUACUACAGGCAUUGUCCCAUGUAACACCACUUCGUAACUAUUUCCUAAGAGAAGAAAAUUAUCUGAAUAUUAAGAGACCACCUGGAGAUUCAUCUUACCUUUUAGUGCAAAGAUUUGGUGAACUUAUGAGGAAACUAUGGAAUCCAAGGAACUUCAAGGCCCAUGUUUCACCUCAUGAAAUGUUACAAGCUGUAGUUUUGUGGAGCAAAAAAAGGUUUCAGUUCACACAACAAGGUGACCCUAUUGAUUUUCUAUCGUGGUUUUUAAAUGCUCUUCACAGAGCAUUGAAUGGGACAAAGAAACAAAAUAGCUCGAUAAUAUACAAAUCCUUUUUGGGUAGUAUGAAAAUCUACACCAGGAAAAUCCCACCAACAGAUCUAAAUGACAAAGAAAAGAAAACUCUUAUGGCUACUGAAGAGUAUCAGGAAGUUUCAACAGAAUCGCCAUUUUUGUAUUUGACUUGUGAUUUACCUCCUCCACCAUUGUUUAAAGAUGAAUUUAGAGAAAAUAUAAUUCCUCAGGUUAAUUUGUAUCAGCUGCUAACAAAGUUCAAUGGCCAGUCAGAAAAGGAGUACAAGACAUAUAAAGAAAAUUUCAUGAAACGAUUUGAAAUUACACAACUGCCUCCUUAUUUGAUAUUAUACAUAAAGAGGUUUACAAAGAACACUUUCUUUGUAGAGAAGAAUCCCACCAUUGUUAAUUUUCCUGUGAAGAAUGUAGACUUUGCUGAGUUCCUGACACACGAAGCAAAAGCCAAUCACAAAAACACAGUAUAUGACUUAAUAGCAAACAUCGUCCAUGAUGGCGAACCAAGCAAGGGCACAUACAGAGUUCACAUCCUCCAAAAGUCAACAGGACAGUGGUAUGAAAUGCAAGACUUACAUGUCACUGAUAUUUUGCCACAGAUGAUCACGUUGACAGAAGCCUAUAUUCAGAUAUACGAACUUAGGAAAUAGUUGGUGAAGUUAGAUAUGAUAAAUUGAUUUGUAUUACUUGUAAGUCAAAACAAAUAAAUUUUAUUUAUUUAUAUCAAAUGACCUACUUGCAAAUACUAUUUCGAGUUUGAUGAUUUUUAAUGAAGGACCCAAAGGCGACGUACCUACUCCAAAGUGGGUGUAUUUUUGGAUUUUCCAGAGCUUUGCACACCAUUUGUAUGUCCAAAUUUGCGUCGUCGAGAAUUGCUGCUCCGUUCAGAGUAUCUCAAGAGAUCAUAGAUUUUGGGCGAACAAGGUGUCCUUAAACUAUAUACAGUUCAUAUUACAGUAAGCAACUUUCUCAGUAACAUCACAAAAUAUUUAAGAUAACUGAGAUACGCGGUUCUGAAAAAACCGGCACAGCAUCUAGUAGUAGUAGUAGAAAGAUUUAUUUAGCACAUUUGGCUACAUAAACAGAAUAAUUGUAAACAACUUAAAACUAGUAAAUUCAAGCCAUAU